AUCACUUUGUUCUAAUAACCAUCUUACCCUAAAAACCUUCGAAAAUAAUUUACUUUGAUUUAGAUGAAUAUUAUUCAUAAUGGCUCGGUUAGGAAUUAGAGAUUUACAAAGUUCUUGGAGUGCAAAGUUUAGCGAAGAAACACGUAACGACCGUCAUUCUUUGCCCCGUCUGGUUGGAAAACCUUUGAUUAACUAUGACUGUCUAAAGAUGCUCUGUAAAAUCGAUGGUAUUGGGCAAAGACUUGUACCAUCAACGCCUGACGCCCAUGAGAUGUUCAUGAAGAAUUAUACAAAAAUGUUCAAGAAACCUCAAAAACUGUCCACUUUAACAUCCGAAGACAGAAGAGAGAAUGAGAAAGAAUACAAGAAUCCUAUGAUUGCUAAAGAAAUAGUCAUACCUCAUGAUAAAGGGCUGUUUCCUCACCAGUGUGAAGGGUUUGACGAAUACCUCUGUAGUCACAGUAUAUCACAGCACAUGUYCAAGCUACACAAGCACAAUUUUGUUAUCACAUCACGAACUAGUAUAUUCAAUGCAAGAAUCAAAUCCAUACGCAAGAUACUGAGAAAACUGCCAUUUGAGAGGAAAUCUAAAGAGAAUGAAGCUUUGUUUAAACAUCUCAUGUCUUUACCUGAUAUAUCAGGAUAUGUAGAGCCUCAUGUUAUGAUGGAACUAUGUGCCGUGGCUCAACUAGACAGAUGGAGUGACGAGGGAUGCACUGUGUUUGGUAAUACUGGAUUACACAUGGUUUUAAAGGGUUCUGUCGUACCCCAGACUAAGCCCUGUAUUUCACCCGUCAGCUCGCCUACAAGAGCACCUGUCAGCUCGUCUACAAGAGAGUUUCGCUCCCCAACACCAAUAUUUGAAGACCAGGAACUGAAAUACCAGGAAAAGCUUAGUGUUGGGAACUGUUUUGGGACUCUCAGUAAAAUAGAAGGCAGAGAACCGAACUCACGCGUGCUGUCAGUUAUCACGCUCGAACCUUGUGAAUUCUUGAAGAUCUCAACGAACGAUUAUGAAAGAGUCAUACAUGUAAUAAAGAGUAGACCAGAACAGAGCAGCUUAAAGCAGAGCAGAUGCGCAUUUUACCUGCUGAACAAACCGUCAAUAAAACGUAUAUUAAAGGUUGUUUUUUCAUUUCUUCCGGGUGAUGUGCUGGUUAAGGAAGGCGACAGGUGUGAGGUCAUUGGUUUUAUUAAGAAAGGGUUUUGUUCACUCAAGAGAAUGAUUACAGUAGCGCACACGUUUCCUGACGGAAAGAAGGAAAAACGUACCAAGCAGGUCAUUAUUGGUCGCUUGGGGCCUGGGGACUCGUUUGGAGAGACAACAGUUAUAAAGAAUAGUGUGAUGCCUUGUGGGGUGAUUACUGAUUCAAUGGUAGUGAUGGGUACAAUAUCCACUCUUGAUGUAUAUGAUUUAGAUGAAGUGACCAAGUCACUGUUGGUUCAGUCGUACUCUGAAAUGGAGACAAGUACGACAGAGGAGGAAAUUGAAAAGGAAUACAUUGAACAAGAGAAAGUAAAAGAGUGGAGUAAUUUCAAGAAUAAAGUCAUAUCAGAUGUGUUAUACUUUCGAGCGAUCCAGCCGGGCUACAGCAAGUGGUCAAGGAAUCCAACGCCUAGCGAAGUAGAGGAAUUGUGAGAAUCUCUUCUGAUUGAGGUGGUACAGGUUCAGAGGAGGGUAACUUUCAGGGCGAUCUUGAAAACAACGUUUCUUAAAAAGGUCAACUUUAACGUAAAUUUAUAUAUAUAUAAUAUGGGUGAACCGUGCGCUAGGGGUACGUUAUAGGCUGUGACGCUUGCCUAUAUUACUCAGCACGUUUUGGACUUCACGUAACAUAAAACUUGUAAAAUUUUCACUUUCUUUCUUUUUCCUUCCUUCCUUCCUUCCUUCCUUCCUUCCUNCUUCCUUCCUUCCUUCCUUCCUUGU